AUGGCCGAUGAGGAUACAUCAUCGCUGAAGUUGCCUGUGGUCGAGCCAAGCCCGUAUCCUUUCUCAGUAUCAUAUCACUGGUAUUGUGCGGCUUUCCUGCAGCUCGAAUAUUCCGACGCCAUGGGAAAACCGCAGCUGCAUGUAGUGCAGGUCGCUGCCAUUCUGACGCUUUGCCAUUCCCACUUUGGACAAAGAUACCGGGACAUCAACCUGUCAACGGUUUAG